AUGAGCUGGAAAGGCGUGAAGAGCGCCCUCCCUUCAAAAGUUGGUUUCUGGCCUUCCUCCAAGAGGAAAGCUGCCAAGCAGAAUGGCAAUUCCAAGGAUGCGUCACGAUACUUUAGUAAUGGAAGUGCCCAGUCAUCGACUCUGUCAGUCGUGGACAGCCAGCUUGACAAGGCCUUUGAUGCCCUACGAAGUGGCGAUGACUCGAAGGAUGCCAUUGGCGUCGAGUCGUCUAUGACAUACCUGCAGAACCUAAACGUCAACCUCGAGAACGCGUCUCUUUUCGUUGCUUUGGAGUUCUUCCAGGCGCCUAGCAUCGGAGAAAUCACGAGAAAGGGCUUUGUUGAGGGCUGGAAGAACAGCGGCGUGACGAUAACUCAGGAAGGCUGCGCUGCCCACGUCAAAUCUCUAGUCUCGACGCUCUCGCGCAACCCUGGCUACUUUAAGCAGGUAUACCGCUUUCUCAAAGAAAAGUGGACCCGUUCCGUUAAUCGCGAUAUGUGGAACAUGACGUUGGAGUUCGCCCUCCGGUCCAUGACGGACGAAACGCUCUCGUUCUGGAGCGAGGAUGGGGCUUGGCCUAGCGUCAUUGACGAAUUUGUGGCCUGGUGCCGGGAUUCACACGGCAUUGGGAAGGCCAAGGGCCAGGAUACCAUGGAGGUCGAAGACUGA